AUGUGCCCUAGAGCAACGGCCGAGCACGGCGGCGCUGCGAUGGCGAUGGCGAUGACGAGCGCGCACUCGUUCGGGGAGGAGGAGUACAUCGACCUGGAUCUCAGCUCCUGCGGGGAGUACGAGUUCCGGGUGUGCCGGAGCAGAGCGCCCUGCGCGGAGGAGACGCCCUGCCGCGGCAGGACGCACAGGGUGGCGCCGAGGCCGGGCGGCAAGGCCCCUCACGCUGAAGCCACCGCUGGCAGCGGCGGCUGCAGGAGGAGCACCGCCACGGUCGCGCCGCUGCAGCAGUCGCAUGAUGUCCGCGGCGCGCAGCCGGCGAGGGCAGCGCGCGGGAAGGCCGUGCGCGCGAGGCUGCAGGCGUCGCGGGCCUUCUUCCGGUCGCUGUUCGCCAGGACGUCCUGCUCCGACCACGAGCGGUGCCGCGGCGGCGCUGGCGUCCCGUGCCCUUCCGGGAGCGUUAGCGGCAAGAAGGGCCCGUUUGGGCAAUUCAAGAACGGCGGCAGCGGCGCAGGUCCGACGACGCUGAGGAGCAGCAUCGAGCAGGAGAAGGAGGAGGAGGAGGAGGAGCACGCGGCCAGCAUCCGGCAGCGCAAGUCCUUCUCCGGCGUGAUCAGGUGGCGGCCGUCGACGACAAGAGCACCCGCGCCAACGCCAACGCCAGCGCCGCCUCCGCCGCCUGUGUCCUCAACGAGGAGAAAGUCGUGCGGGAGCGUCCCCGCGGCGCUGACGAGGAGCAGCAGCUGCCGGUCGGAGUGCGAGCCGGAGGGGCUGAUCCAGGGCGCCAUCGCCUACUGCAAGCGGACGCAGCAGCAGCAGCAGCGCGUGCUCGCCAGGAAGAGCGUCUGCGUCAGCGACGCCGCACUCUGCUCCUCCUCCUCCUCCUCCUCCUAG